AUGGAUUUCCAUGUUUACUUCAACCCUAUACCUCGCCUCAUUCUUGGCGUCCUGAUUUUGUUGUUUUUGACCUCUUCGUGCCUAAAUACUAGUACUAAUGUGGUAGAAUCAUGCAUGGAGGAAGAGAGACGAGCGCUUCUUAGCUUUAAACAUGAUCUGAUUGAUCUAUCCGGUCGACUUUCUUCUUGGGUUGGUCAUCAAUGCUGUCAAUGGAGAGGGAUUUCCUGCAACAACCGCAUUGGUCAUGUUGUCAAGCUUGAUCUCCGCAAUCCAUAUCCAUUGCACCCGAAUGUCACUAAAUUUGAAGAAUCUUGCUUGGGGGGUAAGUUAAAUCCUUCUUUGCUUGGUUUGAAACAUCUAAGUUACUUAGACUUGAGCCAGAAUAAUUUUCAAGGGAUUCACAUUCCUAUCUUCAUCGGGGAGCUAACAAGUUUGAGGUAUCUCAAUCUUUCAAAUUCGGGGUAUGGUAGUUCAUUUGUGGGAGAGAUUCCCGCAUCUCUCGGUAAUCUCUCAAUCUUGAACCAUCUUGACCUACAUUGGAAUGAUAAAAUUUCUUCCAAAAACUUGAAUUGGCUUUCUCAUCUCUCUUCUUUGAAGUACCUCAAUCUUGGAGGUGUGGAUCUUAGCAGCACAAGAGUAAGUUGGUUGUAUGCUGUUAACAAGCUACCUUCACUCUUAGAGUUGCACUUGUCACAUUGUUCUAUUAAUAGAAACCACCUUCCACACUCGCUGCCUACAGUUAACCUCACAUCACUUUCAGUCCUUGAUAUGUCAUAUAACGUUAUUUAUUCUUCGCUUCCUAAAUGGAUGUUUAAUCUUACUAGUCUUACAAAACUUGAUCUCGCGGGGAAUCAUUUCAUUCGCCCCUCUCUAGAUGAAUUUGUAAGACUAAAAUCUCUAGAACACCUUGGCUUAUGGAGAAUUGGACUCAAAGGUCACUUACUUCCCAAAUUCUUUGGAAAUUUGUGCAACCUGAAGUCAUUAGAUCUUUCAAGCAACAUACUUGAUGGGGGAGUUGAAGAGUUUUUUAGUGGUUUUUCAAAUUGUUCAUCUAAUAGAAUGGAGUCACUAGAUUUAUCUCAGUGUGGGCUGGUAGGCAAAUUGCCUAGUUCAUUAGGAAUGCUGAAAAGCCUCCAACGUCUCAUACUGCAUGAUAAUCUUUUGAAUGAGUCCAUUCCUGAAAGUUUAGGACAACUCUCUCAACUAGUUAACCUUGAUCUCAGUUUCAAUCAUUUCGACGGUCCCAUUUCUCAAAGUUUAGGAAAUCUCUCUCAGCUAGUUAGCCUUGUUCUUCGUUCCAAUCGUUUCUACGGUUCCAUUCCUCCAAGUUUGGGACAACUCUCUCAACUUGUUAAGCUUGAUUUGUCUAAUAAUUCAUGGGAAGGCAGUUUAACAGAAGCCCAUUUCAUAAAUCUCACUAGAUUAAAGUAUCUAUACUUGAGCACAACCCCACAAAAUCAUGUGCCCACCAUUUUCAAUUUGACUGAUUAUGAAUGGAUUCCUCCUUUCAAACUCCAUACACUUUUCAUGGACAAUUGCCGAGUGGGCCCUGGUUUCCCUGUGUGGCUUCGAUCGCAAACUGAGCUCUCAUCUGUCAGACUUUCAAAUGCUGGAAUCUCAGGUGCAAUUCCAGAGGAAUGGAUGUCUAAUAUCUCUACCCGAAUCCAAUUUUUGGAUUUAUCCAACAAUCAAAUAAGCGGAAAGCUUCCGUUCCACCAAUACAACUUUCAAGAUCUGCUCGAGAUAGAUUUCAGCCAUAAUCAAUUUGAUGGAACUAUUCCAUCAUCUUUAUCCGGAGAAUUCCCUAAAGAAUGGAGCUUGUGGAGCAACAUACAAAGUGUGGUUGUCUCAAACAACAAUUUGUCUGGUAAUAUUCCAAGCUCGAUGGGUGUCCCAAGUUCUCUUGUAAUGUUAAAGGCAGACAACAAUCAGUUCAAUGGAGAAAUUCCAUUUGCCUUGCAAAAUUGCUCAUUUUUAGAGAGACUCUAUCUUGGAGGAAACAAAUUAAGUGGAAGCGUUCCUUCUUGGAUAGGUUCAAAAGUAUCCAAACUCACAGUGCUGCAAUUGCGAUCAAACUCUUUAAGUGGACAUAUUCCUCACCAACUAUGCAGUCUUCCUCUCCUUCAUUUCCUAGACCUUGGUCACAACAGAUUUUCAGGGACUAUUCCCAAGUGUUUGAAUAAUUUGACUUCUCUAGUCUCUGGUCCGGAUAAUAGCUGGCGUUUCUUUAGGGACUUUGAGGAAACAACCGUGACUAUAAAAGGAAGAGAAUACUUCACUAGACUAGUGUGGCAGAUGGCCAUUAUUGAUCUUUCUUCAAACGAUUUAGAAGGUGAAAUUCCUGAAGAAAUUAGCAGCCUCGUUUCAUUGGUUACCUUGAACUUGUCCAUGAAUCAAUUGAGUGGAAGUAUCCCCUCCAAGAUCGGAAACUUGUACCAGCUCGAAACUCUUGACCUCUCCCUGAACCGGCUCUCAGGACACAUUCCACAAAGUCUCUCAAAUAUGGCAUUCUUGUGUUACUUGAACUUGUCUCACAACAAAUUGACCGGAAGGAUCCCAUCAGACAACCAACUUCAGACGCUCGUUGAUCCAUCUAUUUAUGAGGGCAAUUCACUUUGUGGAUUUCCACUUCCAAAAUGCCCAGAACACGAAGUCAACAUGCAUAAGCCUCAAGAUCACGGAGAUAAAGAGGAAAAGCUUGGUUUCUAUACCAACACGGUGGUUGGAUUCAUCAUAGGUUUUUGGAGUGUGUGCGGCACAUUGAUAUUGAAAAAGUCAUGGAGGAGUGCCAAACCAGUUGCCCAAACAUCAAGUUCUUCAGAAGAGUGA